CAUACAAUAAAUAAAUCGAGCUUAAACAAUUUGGUAAAACACACAAACACACACACAUGGGUUCCAAAACUACUAGAGGAGUUGAGAAGUGGAGUAGCAGUAGAGGUAUUCCUCCGUCUCACUUCAUUUUCAUGAUACGUUCUUUCUCUCAGCUCACAAAAUCUGGAAUUGACAAACUCGAGUCUGGAGUUUUCGAAGCCUCCCAGAAGAAAUGGAAGUUGUGUGUUUAUACAAAGGCUGGAUAUAACAAAAAAGCAAAGAAUGGUGAUGAGAAUGAUGAUGAUGAGGACGAGCAUUAUAUCUCCCUUUGCUUACGAAUCGUUGAUACUGAUAGUCUUCCCCGAGGAUGGGAGGUUCACGCUAGGUUUACUUUCUUUGUCUAUGAUCAAAUCAAUGACAAAUACUUGACAAUCCAAGAUGGUGGGGAGAAAGUGAGGCGAUUUCACUACAUGAAAACUCAAUGGGGGUUGGACGAAUUUCUCCCACUCUCUAUUUUCAACAACCCUUCCAAUGGCUAUCUGGUUGACGACACGUGCGCUUUUGGGGCUGAGGUUUUUGUCAUUUCAAAUGCCCCAAAACGCGAAUGUCUCUCCAUUAUGCCUACGAGCAAGGAAAACACCACUUACACUUGGAGAAUAAACCGUUUCGCGUCCAUAACGUCCGAAUCUGUCACGUCUGAUGAAUUCUUCGUUGAAGGGAUCAAAUGGACCCUAAAGCUAUAUCCCAAGGGAUCCUCAACUGGAAAAGGCCACAGCAUAUCCCUUUAUCUGAUGUUGUCCGCUGCACAGUAUGAAAACCUUAAUGCAGCAAAAUUGUACGCAAAGUAUAAGUUGCGAAUUUGUAAUCAACUCAACGCUACACAGCACCAUGAAACUUAUGUGGAACAUCUUUUCGACGACCCGAAGUUAUCCGGGUAUGGGGUGCACAAAUUCAUGUCUCUGAACAAGUUGGAGAGUGGUUACCUAGUAAAUGACACACUCAUUGUACAAGUAGAUAUUCUACUUCUCUCCAAGGUUUCUGAGUUCUGAUCGAUCUAGCUUAGCUAGACCAGGCACCCACCCCUACAUAUAAAUAUAUUAUAGUCACACAAACUUAAUUUGACACCAAAUCAUGCGUGUUUACUACGGACUAAUUUAUAUAUACAGAGAAUCAUUGUCCGUAUCGCAUAAACAUUAAUCAUUAUUUGUGUGUGUAUGUCUGUGAAACACGCAGUGUCGGACUUUGGUGUCAACGUAUUAAUGCCAAUAUACUCUGUAUAUAUUU